AUGGAGCGUGGAGGAGGGGAGAGCCCCCGUCUGCGGGACAGUCCUGAACGCCGUGGGGGGAGCAGCCCUGACGUCUGUGGCCCCCCACCAGGAAAGAUGGGACGUAUGGAACUCAAUGGGAGUCCCACAGGGCCCCGCAGUCGCCACAAUGGAGCCCCUCAAAGACCCCUAGGAGGUCUGAUGAUUCCUGUGUUCUGUGUGGUGGAGCAAGUGGACGGAGGUGUGGCAGGUGUAGCAGGUGAGGGGGAGGCCAGGGAAGAACAUGCUGAGUUUGUGCUCAUCAGGAAAGACAUUCUCUUCUCUCAGCUGGUGGAAACAGCACUGCUGGCCCUAGGCUACUCUCACAGCUCUGCUGUCCAAGCACAUGGUAUCAUUAAGGUGGGCCGCUGGAACCCUCUGCCCAUCCAUUUCCUGACAGACGCCCCUGAUGCUACAGUGGCUGACAUGCUGUUGGAUGUCUACCACAUGGUCACUCUCCGCAUCCAGCUACAGAGCUUUGCCAAGUUGGAGGACCUGCCGUCGGAACAGUGGAACCACGCGACGGUGCGAAACGCUCUGAAGGAGCUACUGAAGGAAAUGAACCAAAGCACGCUGGCUAAGGAGUGCCCUCUCUCCCAGAGUAUGAUCUCUUCCAUUGUGAACAGUUCUUACUAUGCCAACGUCUCCACUGCCAAGUGUCAGGAGUUUGGUCGCUGGUAUAAGAAGUAUAAGAAGAUCAAAGGAGACUACUUGGAGAAGAUUUGGACAGGUCGUGAGAAUUCUGAAAUUAAAGUGGAGAGGGAUGGUCUGGCUGAUUUCUGUGUCCUGGGGCAGCGUCCCCCUCCACACUUGUCCAGUUUGGGUCAACUCGGCCCUCUUGGUAGCACUGGUUCCCUAGUCAAAGGUGGCUCUGGAGACCCACAGAACUCCGCUCAACCCCAGCCUCCAUCCCAGGGACAGCCACAACAACCCUCUCCACAUGGCCAGCUCCACCACAGCCCCCCUCUCAGGGCCCAGGUACCACCUCCGCCUCCACCUACUGCCCUUCAACCCCUUUUGGGCCCAGGUGGGCUCCUCUCACCCCAGCUGAGCCCACAGCUUGUGCGCCAACAGCUUGCCAUGGCUCACCUCAUAAACCAACAGCUGGCCGUCAGCCGCCUCCUGGCACAUCAACACCCACAGGCCCUCAACCAACAGUUUCUCAACCACCCACCCAUCCCCAGGCCAACCAAAGCUGGUGCCUCUGGAGAACCUGGCAGUAACCCAUCUGCAGCCGAUGUCUCAGCAGACAUUUACCAGCAGGUCCGAGACGAGCUGAAGAGAGCCAGCGUCUCACAGGCUGUGUUUGCCCGCGUGGCAUUCAAUCGCACACAGGGUUUGCUGUCAGAAAUUUUGCGGAAAGAGGAAGACCCUCGCACAGCCUCCCAGUCCCUGCUGGUCAACCUGAAAGCCAUGCAGAAUUUUCUCAACUUGCCAGAAAGUGAAAGAGACCGCAUUUACCAGGAGGAGAGAGAACGCAGCAUGAACCCUCCUGUUGGCCUGCCCCCUACCUCUAACUCUGGUUCUGGGGGCUCCCGACUCUCUCAGAAAGCGUGGGAACGCAGCAUGGAUGAACAGUUAACCCCUGACGCGUGGGCAUCUAUUUGGAAGAAUAAGACCAAGGUCACAAACUCGCCCAAGCCAUCUGGUGCUAACCCUGAUCUAUCACUGAAGCUCGAUUCACUGGUGAACAUCACCUCAUCCAUCUACGACGAAAUUCAGCAGGAGAUGAAGAGAGCUAAAGUGUCUCAGGCCCUGUUUGCAAAGGUGGCUGCCAAUAAGAGCCAGGGCUGGCUGUGUGAGUUGCUACGUUGGAAAGAGAGUCCAAGCCCAGAGAACCGUACUCUGUGGGAGAACCUGUGUACUAUUCGUCGGUUCCUGAACCUGCCGCAGUCAGACCGGGACCUGGUUUACGAGGAGGAGUCCCGGCAUCAUCACAGUGAGCGACUGCACACAGUACUUCAUUUGCCCUCCGACACGCAGGCACUCCACAGGCAGCCUGUCCAACCACUGAAGGACCAUUCACCCAUGCGUGAAGACCCUGUACCUAGCUCUGCAGGUGAGGACAGUUCUCAGCCUGGUUCAGGUGGAGGAAGCGGUGGAGGAGGUAGUGGAAGCGUCAAGAAACCACGGUCACGCACUAAGAUCUCCUUGGAGGCUCUGGGAAUCUUACAGAGCUUUAUCCAGGAUGUCGGCUUGUAUCCAGACCAGGAGGCAAUCCACACGCUCUCAGCCCAGUUGGACCUGCCCAAGCACACGAUCGUCAAGUUCUUCCAGAAUCAGCGCUACCACGUGAAGCAUCACGGCCGACUGAAAGAGCUGGGUGCCGAGGUUGGUGGAGUUGACGUGGCUGAGUAUAGAGAUGAGGAGCUUCUCUCCGGUUCUGAGGACGCAGAAUCCAGCGAGGAUGGGCACGAGGAGAUCUACAGUGGGCAUGACGGUCCCUCAGGUGGAACAGCUGCUUCUACUUCCACACCACCAUCCACUACAGGCCCAGAGGAUAGCAAAGACAAGGGCCACUCUUUGGGGUCGAGCAGACCCAGCCCCUUGCCCCCCUGCAGCUCUUCCCCAAGCCCCCGUGACGCAGCCGAAUAUCAAAGAUAA